AUGCAAAACUUGUCAAAUCUCAAAGGUCAGCUUUAUAUUUCUGAGUUGCAUGAUGUGGAUGAAGCUCAAUAUGCAUGGGAAGCUAAGCUAUCUAGUAAGCUUGACCUAGAGAACUUAGAAUUAAAGUGGAGUAAAGAUUUCAAUAUAAAUUUAAGAAGGAAAGAAGUUGAGAAAGAAGUGUUGAAUUUAGAUCAACCUCAUAAAGAUAUUAAAGAACUUGCCAUCAAUUAUUAUGCUAGAAUAGAAUUCCCAGAUUGGGUGGAAGAUGAUUCAUUCAAAAAUCUACAAGUUUUAAGACAUGAAGAUAGUCACAAUUGCACAUUGUUACCAGCAGUUGGAAAAUUACCACUUUUAAAACAUCUCUAUGCCAAGGGGAUGAGAAGUGUGAUUAGUGUUGGUAAUGAGUUUCAUGGAGUGAAUGGGCCAAAUGUAUUUCCAUCUUUAGAGACCUUGCAUUUUGAAAAUAUGUUUGAAUGGAAAGAGUGGAAACUUUGUGAAGUUGAUGAACAAGAGAAACUUGUAAUUCAUAGGUGCCAAGAAUUGGUAGUUUCAAUUUCAAAUCUUCCAAUGCUAUGCGAACUUGAAAUUGAUGGAUGCAAAGAAGUAGUAUUUGAGAGUUAUGAUGAUAUUUGGACUUUGUACAUUGGCAAUUGUGAGAAUUUGCGAUGUUUACUGGAUAACAAAGAGAAUAUCAAUUUCAGAAGCACAUCUAUUCUUCAAUCUCUUGACAUUGGAUAUUGUGAAGCUCUAAAAUCAUUAUCAUCGAGUGAAGCUCUGCCCAACCUCCACCAUCUUCAAUGUUUGACCAUAAGGAAUUGUCAAAGGGUGCAAUAUUCCUUCGGAGAAAGGGGUUUCCCUACCAACCUAACUUCCCCUUCAGUCGAUGAUCCCAAUAUUAGUAAGGCAGUAAUGGAGUGGGGAUCGCAUAGACCUAAAUCACUUACAAAACUCAAUAUUAGUGGUAGUAAUUGUACAGAUGUAGUGUCGUUUCCUCAAGAGGAGAUAGGAAUGAAGUUGCCCCCUUCUCUCACCAAUCUUAUUAUAAGAGAUUUCAAAAAUCUAAGAAAGCUAUCCUCCAAUGGCUUUCAAAACCUCACCUCUCUUCAAUCUUUGUGGAUCGACAAUUGCCCAAAGCUCAGAUCCAUUCCCAGAAAGGAAAUGCUUCCUUCGCUUUUGCAACUAAGUAUUACGGUUUGUCCGAUGCUAAAGAAAAGUUUUGUAAAUGGGACAAAUCUAUGUCCUCCCAAGGAAAAGACUAUUGACGGUAAAACAGUCCCAAAUCCUAACAACCUUUUUUGGCACCGUCAAGAUCAACUCCUAAAAAUAGGAAUCAUGACCUCUGAGCACAUCAUUCCAAUGAUAAGCUCUGCUAAAACAUUCAAAGACGUUUGGGAUCAUCUCUCUACUGCACUAGCAAGUGCCUCAACCUCUCGCACCAUGGGCCUCACGGAUCAAUUAGCCAACAUCACCAAAGGAACCAUGACGGUCUCAGAAUAUAUUGGAAAAAUUCGCUCAAUAGUUGAUGAACUCGCCCUUGCUAGAUCCGUUGUUCCUAACACUAACUUGAUCCUCCAUGUUUUAAAUGGAGUGGGAUCUGAAUACAAAGAAAUAGCUGCUACUGUUCAAGCUCGUAACACACCAAUCAGUCUUAAAGAACUUCAUGAUAAACUUAUUGAAUAUGAGUUCUUUCUUGCAUGA